AUGAAUAAAAUACAUCCAGAAUUAAUGAAGGGAGGAUUGAAUUCCAAAAUCAAAGCAGAUAAAAUUAAACCACUUGCAACACCAAAACCUCCAACGACAGUACCGCCUCCUCCUUCAGUUAAUCCUUCAUCAUUCACUUUAUUAUAUCCAUUUCAAACAUUUAAGAAGCAAAAAGAUUUUAAAAAGGAUUUCAAAAUAUUAAAUAAACCAAUUGACCCAAAAAUUCAACCGUUAAAGGAAAAAUUUAGUCGCCCUUCAUUUGCACCAUAUCCAUAUUCAUACGAAAUUGAUCAUCUGGAAUAUUCAAAAGGAAACGUUACUUAUUUAUUUGCCAUUAACAUUAACACUAGAUAUUUAUAUUGCAUUCCAGUGAAAGGGAAAACAGAACAGGAAACAAGAAGAGCUAUUCAAUACUUACUAGAUCAUGAAAGAGUAGAUAAUAUCAGGGGUGAUGGUGAUAAAGGAUUUCAGGCAGCUAUGACUCAUUAUUUUCCACAAAUUAAUUUUUACUUCUCAUCCUCUCCAUAUACGUUUCAUAAUAAAAUAGUUGAUGCAGUAAUGAGAACUCUUAGAGAUGCGUUAGGGGUUAACGGUCAGAUAUACUGGGAUGGAAAUCAUGACUCCAUCAUACAACAGUUAGUAUAUUAUUACAAUAAUACAUGGCAUAGAACUAUAAACAUGAAACCGGUGGAAAUGAAAAAUGAUAUUUCAAAAGAAUGGGAAUAUAUUAGAAAGCAAAUGGAAAGGUUGAAUGAUGUUAAACGUGAACAAAUUAAUUCGGGGCUCAUGAAUUUUAAACAAGGAAAUAAAGUUUUGAUUCAUCUCGAUUAUGGAAAAACUGAUAAAUCAAUGACAAAAAGAAGACGAAGAUUUGACACAAUAGCUGAAUUUGUUAGAUAUAUUAACGGCAAUGCAUUAGUUGAAGUUGACAAUAAAUUAAUAGAAAUUCCGAUUUAUUUUAUUACUCCAUUAUAUUUAAAUAAUAUUUAA